CAAGAAAUGUGGAGCGAAAAUUUAAAAAACAGAAAUUCAAGAGUAGUUUCCCGUUGCUUUUAAAGCUAUAAAAUUUGCCAAAUCUUUCCAAGAUGUUGUGGCUUCUUCCAGUAUUUAUCAAGACAUUGUUGUACCUAUUUGGAUGCCCAGUCGGCGGAGUUUUGUCGCUUUUCAGCAAUGUUAUUUAUUCGGUAUUUCUAUUAUGCAUUAUACCUGCUUACUUUUUGUAUGCUGGCCCAGAAGCAGCCGUUCGACUUUCUUUGCUGCUUUGUGUUCAUUCAUUGCUGUUGGGGAUGAUUCCAAGAAUCGUGAAACUUAUUGUUCCUAUGGUAGAGCUGGUGUUAUUUAUUUCUCUGCUGUUCCUACCAAUCAAUGUCACACCACCAAUAGCAGUCUGGUUCUAUGAAAAGUUGCUGUAUCUAUCAUCACCAAUACUCUCUGUGUUUGAAGCAAUAAACAUUGUGCUCAUCAUUAUGAAAGGAAGCCAGAUGGUUGUUGAUCAAAUUGAGGAGCAUCCUAAUGUGGUAAAGUCGGUAAUCCUUGGUGUGGCUACUGUGGCUACGGUACUUGGUUCUCUUUUAUCUCACUACAUUUACACUGUGUACUCAAGCCACUCUAUCAACAGGAUCAUUGAGGUUCUUGUGGUCAUAAGUUUAAUAUUACUUGUUCUCUCCUUGGUCAAAGAUGAAGGCAUAAUUAGUGAAGUUCCUUGCAUAUUUUUUGUGAUGAUGUGUGUUGUUUGGGCUCUGGCCAAAGAAAGUGUGUCAUGAGCAAGAAUCGUAUUGAACCACCAUCACUAUGGCUCAAGCAGAUUCCGAAACAAUUGUCAUUUCUUGAUGUAAUAGCAAACAUGGCUUCAAAUGGAUUUGCCUCGUUUCUUCAGAUCAAAACGGUGUUUUUUCAUCUGAUCUCUCCAUCGCUUCUGUUGAUGUCUGCUGUCAGAGUAUUGAGCUUGGCUUACAUUUUGGGGCAGGUCAGAAGGAAGUUCCGAGAAAGAACGAGCGAUAGCGACAAUGAAGAAGACGAUGUCGAUGAUGAGGAUAAUUCUGAGAAUUUUGACACCAACAGCGUGUUCUUUUCGCGUGUUGCGGUGAUCUUCGUUUGCACGGAACUUCUUUUGCGUGCUAUGCACACUGUCACGUCAUCGAGCAUCACGUCAUCGAUCUCGUAUCCUAGCAACGAGGCAUUUGAUUCUCUGAAGCAGUUGGAGUCUUGGUGGGAGGAAACGGACAUUGCGAAAAGUUUCUUGGAUUUCAGAAUAUGGAGAAUUGUGCAACUUUGUUUAAUGGUAGUUGUUUAUGUUUACAAACUUGUCUUUCGAGGCGAAGAUGAAGAUGACGACUGGUAAACAAACAGCAAAAACUCGCUUGGAAUUUUGUCUAAAAUUUCCACCGGAAAGCCAGAUUCUGCUCUCGGAUCAGUUCAGCAGUUCAGAGUUGCGAAAUGGGAACGUCUUCAAGACUUCAACCACCCCCAUUUUCCACGAUGAAUUUUUCAUACGUGGGUUCUAUAUACCUGCCUUGCUGAAUUACUUGGAAAUCCUCUGAUAUCCGCUAAAUUGCUAAUUCUUUAAUACUUUACGCAAAGCGCAGACCCGUAAUUAUGGCUUGCCGCCUAAUUAAUUAAUUGCAACAGAAUGAAAUAUUUAUAGCGGACUUCUCUUGACAAGUUCCAAGUCUUGGUUGUCUUUGCAGACAUAGCAUAGUUUCUGCUUACAACGAUUCACUUUAAAGUAUUCCUAAAGGUAAUAUUUGAUAGCUUAUAUCGGCUAGUUAAAUUUCCAUUUCCAUUUCAUAGUAUGAUUUUUAAUU